AUGGGCGGCGGCUCGCGCGAGUCCAAGGCCAAGGCCAAGGGUGGCAAGGCUAAGAAGAGGAGCGCUGCGCAGCCCGCCAGGCCCGGGGCCCACGGCUACGAGAAAGACGUGGAGGGGGAGGCCGAGUACCUCUGGUGGCCGAAGCUCGAGCUCUCCAAUACCACGCAGCUGUGGACGCCCGUGGGGGAGGAGUGCGGGAAGUGCGCAUGCGUCAGAGGAACCAACGCGCUGCAGGCGUCCGAGAGCGUCAACGUAAAGGCCGAAACCACCAAGCAGCUAGAGAGUUACAACGACGCGUUCGAGGAGGGUCACUUCCACGAUCUUGUUCAGUUUGCCUGUGACCGCAACCUCCGCUUUCCAGAUCAGGAGUCCCUCAUUAAGCACAUCGAGGAGCAGAUGCAGUACGAGGUCGGGUUUGGGGGGGCGGGCGUCCUCGGGGCGUUUGUGACUGAGAUGCCACGUGGCGCCCAGUGCAAAUUCAGUCGCGGGAUGAAGCGCAGCGCCCUGCGCAGGGAGGUCGAGGGGCACGCCGACGCGGAUGGCGCCAAGGAUCGCCACGCCGAGAACGUUGAGGUGGAUGGCUUGGCGGCGGGGGGCGACUCGGCCGAGCAGCACUUGCAGGACAGGCAGGACUUCGAUGCAGAGGAACCUUCGCCAUCCCCUCCUGUCGGCUUCAUGGCGGGGUUCACCACCUCCGCCGCUGGCGCUGCGUCCACGGUGGGAUCGGAGGACAUCGCGAGCGUGGCGCAGCCGCCCCCGAAGAAGAAGGGCCGUCGCAGCAGCGCGGCGGGAAGCCCAGCCGCGAACACCGUCGAGUCGGGGCGAGCGCUGCUCGAAGGGGCCGAGACGGCCUUCCAGCUGUCGGCAAUCUGGAACAAAACGUUCAGGCCCCGCGACUUCGAGAACAUGCUCACGAUAUUGUCGGCCAAAGCUUCGAAGGUGGCUGCUGUGCCGGGCGAGCCUGGAGAGCCGCAGCACAUACAGGAGCUGAAGGAUGCGCCAAUGAAGGCAGUCGAUAACCCCAGCGAUAUCCUUGCGAUCUUGACGAAAGCAGACGUCACCACACAAGCGAACAUGCUGAGCACCACGUCGUUCAACCUGAUGUCGCUCGGCAUUGACGGCAUGGUCGCCGCUCUCAAGGUGGCGAAGGACCUUGGGGGCGCAAGCUUUUCGGUCGGCGCGCUCACUGGCGCAGGGGACCUCGACGAGUUGAAGGCCACCGCGCAGACGAACAUGAUCUCCAGCUCCGUGGGGAAGUCUUUGAAGCGUAUGUCCGAGGCAGACUACUCAAAUAUGAUGCUCCAAUGCGACACCUUGAUUGGCCCCGUUGACGUCGGCAGCUUGGACGUCCAGGUUCCUGCCGUGAGCGAGUCCACUGGGCGGCUGCCUCAGGUGCUGUUCGGCCUCGACGCGAUGCGCCUGUUCGGCAAGAUCCGGGGGCUCGACUCGUCGGAGGCUUCCGCAGGCAGCAGCGCCAAGGCUGCCUGGGACUGCAUCGCGAAACAAGAUGUCGGGUCGGAGAUCGGGCCGCUCGCAUUUUCCGUCGAGGAGUCUUUGAAGCAGUUCACGUCUGAGAUCGGGGGGGCCCUCACAAGGAUGGACAAUGGGGCCGCCGUGGAGCAACUGUGCACUUCCCUCGUGAAGGCCGCUGAGGGCGAAGGCAACGACAUCGACCUGUUCUCGAAGUACGUAGACACGCUCGACGACGACGAGGACAAGAUCGGCCAGAAGAACGUCGAGCUGCUGAAAUUGCGCGACGAGUUCAUCUCGACGACUUGCGCUGCCAUGUCGGCGGUGCUUUCCCACUACGGUAACUUCUCAGCGUACGCGAACGUCAUCAUGGCCAACAACUUGUCGUACUCGUCCCCAGGUGAGUCGGGCAUUCUUGAUAAGUAUGAGGCCGACCCCUUCCAGCUCGUCGUUCAGGUCGCGACGUUCUUGCUGUGCUUUGAUCUCGGUGCAUCCGACAGAGCUGUCAUCGUCGAGGCGCAGCAGCGCAGCCAGAUCAUGGUUGACGUAGCGGACGUGCAGUCCCGCAGCAACUACAAGGACAGCGCCUCUGUGGCCACCAUGUGGAGCGAGAUCUGGAUCAAAGAGGGGGCUUUGAAAUGCGCAUCCAAAGUGAAGGACACCAACGCCGCAUGUUUCCAAAGCCUCUCCGAGGAGUUGUCGUCUUACUCCGUGCAGGCCCCCAUAGACGUGAUUUUCACGAAUAUCGUUGGCAGUCCAGAGUGCCGCAAGGUGGAAUUGAAAUUCUUGGCUGCCAUGAAGACGCUUGAGUCUCGCCUCCCGCCCUCCGUGGCAUCGUUGGUGGAUUCAGCGAAGUCCUACAUGCCGAUCCGCCAGUGCUGCGAGCAGAUCUCCCAGGGCAAGAGCGUAGGAUGCAUUGCGGCAAACACCCACCUUCGUUUGCACGAUGGCCUGCACGACGUCGUCAAGGGGAAGGCCGAGAUGAAGACGUGGAAGGACGCCCUGAUCAAGGAGUGGCAGGCGGGUGCCGCGAUGAUCGUGUCGAACUUGGACGCGACGCACGUCGACGCGUUCCUCGCGAAGUACGGGCCUGACGGCGAGAACCUCUGGGGUCUCAUCGUGACGUGGACCUUCGACGAGAAGCGCUGGCUGGCGAGCUCGACCCCAGAUGCACUGCGCGAGGCCGAGUUCCAGAAGGCCGAAUCGUUCGUUGUGAACUUCACGAUGUCGGAGCGCAUCGUCGAGGACCUUUGCGCAACGACGCUGCCGGCCUCCUGGGCUUCCCCUGGCGAGCUCGAACAGCUGCGUGACACCAAGAACAAGCUGCCCAGCCUCAAGGACAAGCGGAACCAAGUUGCAAAGCUGAUGGGGGCGGCAGUGCUGUGCAACGCCAUCGUGACCGACGUCAGCAAGCAAUCCACUCUGAAGUACGUGACUGUUGCGAACGCUUUGGCGUGA